GGCCUUCUACAGCAGUGGGCGGGUCUUCCCUGACAGGAGGAAGAAGCUAAUAGACUGACAGUGCUACACCAGUUUUCAAAAGCCGGGUGCUGUUUUGGCCUUCUUCAAGCUUAAAAAAUACCGAUGGCCACGAAGGGGAUGAAUCUGUGUAAUGUUUGCUGUCUGCUCCUGUAUUUUAUUACGGUGGUUUUGGCAGGUCGAGAUUUCUACAAGAUCUUGGGGGUAACCAAGGCUGCUUCAAUCAGGGAUAUCAAAAAGGCCUACAGAAAGCUGGCACUACAAUUACAUCCUGACAGAAACCAGGAUGACCCAGAAGCUGCAGACAAAUUUGCAGACUUGGGGGCUGCUUAUGAGGUACUCUCAGAUGAGGAGAAGAGAAAACAGUAUGAUGCGUACGGAGAGGAUGGACUAAAAGAAGGACAUGGUGGUUCACACAAUGAUAUAUUUUCAAGCUUCUUUGGAGACUUUGGAUUCAUGUUUGGCGGCAACCGGCAACAGCAGGACAGAAAUAUCCCCAGAGGAAAUGACAUCGUUCUCGAUCUAGAGGUCACGUUAGAAGAGGUGUACUCUGGGAACUUUGUUGAGGUUGUCCGUGUCAAACCUGUAGCCAAAGAGGCACCCGGCAAGAGGAAAUGCAACUGCAGACAGGAGAUGAGGACAACGCAGCUCGGACCCGGACGUUUCCAGAUGACCCAGGAGGUGGUCUGUGACGAGUGCCCCAACAUCAAGCUGGUCAAUGAAGAGAGGACUCUUGAGGUGGAGAUUGAACAAGGGGUGCGAGAUGAGAUGGAGUACCCUUUCAUAGGGGAAGGUGAACCUCACAUUGACGGAGAGCCCGGGGAUCUACGAUUCCGCAUUAAAGUCCUCAAACAUGCUUUAUUUGAGCGACGGGGGGAUGACCUCUACACCAACGUCACCAUCUCAUUGGUAGAGGCACUGGUUGGCUUCGAAAUGGACAUCACACACUUGGAUGGACACAAGGUCCAUAUAGUGAGAGACAAGAUAACGAAAUCCGGUGCUCGCCUGUGGAAGAAAGGAGAGGGUCUGCCCAACAUCGACAACAUCAACCUCCGCGGCUCUCUCAUCAUCAGCUUUGAUGUGGAGUUUCCCCAGACGCAGUUGGAUGACAAUCAGAAGGACGGCCUUCGGAGUAUCCUUAAGCAAAGUUCGGUACAGAAGAUUUACAAUGGACUUCAAGGAUACUAACCUACUAAUGGACACAGUCUGGACUUUCUAACACAAAACACACACAUACAUAGAUAGAUACAUAAAUACAUGCACACACUUUCACACACAAUGACAACUAUCAUAAGUGUGCUCAAUGCACCAGACCAGGGUGUAUUUAUUUUUGAGUUGUCUCAGGAUAGCUUAAGCUGAUUGAUUUUUACAUAUUUUUGAUUUUACUUUUUUAUGUUCUCCAACUUUAAAAGAGUGGCACAUUGGCUGCUUACAUUUUUAAAUAGGAUGCCAUAAACCCAUGUAGUGUCCAUUUUGUCCCACUAUUUCCCACCCAGCCCCAACACCAAAUCAUAAUUUCUCUUUGGCUGUUAUCUUUUUUUGGUGUUUUUUUCUUUCCCUGCCACAAAAGACCAUUCAAUCUGACACAAACAUUUUCACUAUCACUAUAAUGGAUUCGAAUUUGAACUGGAUGCUGAAGAUGCACACCGACUGUGAAGACACGGUUCAACCCAACCUCCAUUGAACCCUGCUCCACAAGACGCCACACCACUCCUCCAUCUUUUCUUCAUUACUUUAAAUGAAUAUAGGACUACCCAAAAGUUGGUUUAUAAAGAUGACCUAUGUUUCGUUUUUGUAAUCCCGGAUCGGCUGUAAAUAGGAAAUAGGCAGGGGGCUAUUGGUGUGUUUUGUUGCCUCUUAUUUAUGUUUGUGUUUUCCGUUUGGUUGUGGGGAUUAUUUUAGUGGAGUGCAAGCUCUGUCCAUCCUUGUUGGGCGUCCAGGUGAAAACCUGAUGAGUGUUGGCCUUUAAACCGAACAAGUGGAAUUCCGUCAUUAGAAUGAAUUUGGGGACUGAAUCAGGGCAGGACCUCUAUCUGCUUUCAGUUAGCACCUUUCACUCUCUCUGCGCUCUCAUUCUCGCUCUCUCACUCUCACUCUCUUUCUCAAAACUGAUCAAGCAAACCAUGGUUGGCAGUUUUAUUGUGACUGAAGCAUUGACAAACUUUUUACUGUGAAUGAACCUAAAACAUUCUAAUCGUAGUUGUUUACUUUUGCCUAAAAUCUUCCCUUUGCCCCACAUGGAAUCUGACAUCACAUUUUGUUGUUUAGCUAAAAAUGGAAAUGGAAAGUCAUGCUGUAGUUUCUAGCCAGUUUUACAGAGUAUGUAAGGGAGGGGAAAUGUACUUUUGGUCAAAAUUCAGAUUCUAUAUAAAAAGAAAAGGCUAUUGUCGUAGCAAGAUUACACCAGUGGAUGGCGUCAGAGCUUCAGUUAAAAGUUUAAAACACAACUUGACAGGAUUUGCCACGACGAUGGAACGGGUUUCAACAAGGGAAGCUAUUUGUAUAGUCUUGGACGUAUUUUGCUGAAGAGGUUUUGUUAUCCUUGAAUAAAUGGGUUGAACAUUUUAAAAACCUGCUCUCUAAUUGAUGAGAUAUUGACCAGUUCUAAUGCUGCAAUAAAAACUAAUUGUAACGUU